AGUGUCGUUCUCCCGCGGUACGGAAGCCGCGCAGACCCAGGCUGCAACUUUACACAGAACUUCUGUCGGAGCUCCUCGAAGAACACAGACAGCAUGGAGAACGUUUCCACCGAGAGUUUAACCCUGAAGCUGCACGACGUGGACGGGGUGAAGUUCGGGGAGUACAAGCUGAAGAGCGGCCUGCUGACCCCCAUAUACGUCGACCUGAGGGUCCUCGUGUCGCACCCCGCGCUCAUGAACCAGGUGGCAAGUGUUCUCUACCAGCGUGUGCAAGAUGAAGGACUCCAGUUUGACUCUGUGUGUGGGGUUCCAUACACAGCUCUGCCUCUGGCCACGAUCAUCUGUUCUAGACAUGAACUGCCCAUGCUCAUCAGGAGAAAGGAGGCCAAGGACUAUGGAACCAAGCGUAUGGUGGAGGGCUCGUUUCGUGAGGGGGACACGUGUCUGAUCAUUGAGGACACGGUGACCACCGGCAGCAGCAUCCUGGAGACCGCUGAAGUGCUCUACAAAGAGGGACUGAAGGUGACCGACGCCGUGGUGCUAAUGGACAGAGAGCAAGGCGCAGUAGAUAUGCUGGCGUCUAAGGGAAUCCGGCUCCAUCCCAUCAUCUCCAUGUUCAAGCUGCUCGACGUGCUGAAGGCGGCUGAACGCAUCGACGCCAAAACCGCCCAGAGCGUCCGCAAGUUCAUCCUGGACAAUAACACGUUCAGCCCAAAGGAUGAUAACAGCAAUGGGGUCCCUGCCACCAAGAAGGUGUGUGUGGAGAAGAACAUGGAGCUGAGCUACGCAGACAGAGCCAAACUACCAAACGUUCACCCUCUGGCGUCAAAGCUGCUGAAGACCAUGGAGGAGAAGCAGUCCAACCUGUGUGUGUCCGCCGAUGUGACGAGCAGCGAGGAGCUCCUUCAGCUGGCCGACUCUCUAGGUCCCACCAUCUGUAUGCUGAAGACCCACGUAGACAUCCUGAAGGACUACACAGUGGCCUUCAGCCAGAAACUGCAGGCUUUGGCCGAGAAACACAACUUCCUCAUCUUUGAGGAUCGCAAGUUUGCUGACAUCGGGAACACGGUCAAGCAUCAGUAUGAAGGUGGAUUGUACCAGAUCUCAUCUUGGUCCCACAUAGUGAACGCCCACGCGGUGCCGGGGCCCGGGGUCGUGAAGGGCCUCAGUGCCGUGGGAAAGCCUCUGGGCCGGGGCUGUUUGCUCAUAGCACAGAUGAGCUCCCAGGGGUCACUGGCUACUGGUGGAUACACACAGGCUGUGCUGACGAUGGCAGAGGAGCAGUCAGACUUUGUGAUUGGGUUUAUCUGUGGCUCCAAGAUCUCCAAGAGGCCAGAGUUCAUCCACAUGACCCCUGGAGUGCAGAUGAAGGCCGGAGGUGAUGGGCUGGGCCAGCAGUACACCACCCCAGAGGAAGUCCUCUUCAACAAAGGCUCUGAUGUCAUCAUCGUCGGCCGGGGUAUCCUGGAGGCCCCUGAUAGGCUGAAAGCUGCUGAGUCGUACAGAAAGUCAGGCUGGGAGGCUUACACAAAGAGACUGGGCCAGAGUGGCCAGUAGGAGGUCAGGAGCAGGAUCUGCAUGGAUCUGCAAUCUAAUUUCAAAUUGAACCUGCAACUCUUAUGAGGUCUUCUGCUGAUGACCUUUUAAGUAUUGUCUCUCUUACAUUUCCAAAGAACACUAGUGUGCACAAAGUUGUAUACAUAGAGGUGUAUGUAGACAUUUGCAGGAGGUACCUGGUAUGUGUGGGGAGCCGGACAUUUUAUUUUUGAACAUGUAUAUAUACAUGAAAAUUUGGAUUCAGUCGUAUUGAUGAACUGCUUAACCUGUGUUCCUCCGAUUUCCCUCGUGUCAAUAAACCAGGUUUAAACAGA